AGCGCGUUGCCAUGGUGGCGCAGCGUCUGUAGCCGGAGCUCUGCUGGCCAGCCCCGCCAAGGAAGCGGAGGGCGGGUGGAACGACGGCCGGACGGCCUGGGGUCGGCAAGGCGCGAAGCCGACCUCAGCGCCACCGCCGACAGCGUCUCCGUCCCCGCCACCAGGAGCACCAUCCUCGGUCAGCCGUGCGGCUGCCCGAAGGGAGGCCGCCGAGUCCCCCGAUCCUGCCGGAGGGUGGCCCCUGCCGCGAGCCCCCUGAUCGGUCCCGACCCUGCCAUGGACGCCGAGCUGGCCCAGCCGCUGCAGCAGCAGCUGUGUGUGGGCCAGCGAGAGGAAGAGGAAGAGGAGGAAGAGCUGGACUUCUAUGACUUCGAACCACUGCCCGCCCUGCUGGAGGACGAGGAGAAUGUGUCACUUGCCGACAUCCUGUCCCUUCGGGACAGCUGCCUCACAGAGCAAGACAUUUGGGCAGUGUGCUUGGAGUGCAGCCGCUCCUUGAGAAGCAUCGCCCACUCUGCCAUCUUCCACACACUGUGCAUCACUCCAGACACUCUGGCCUUUAACACCAAUGGCAACGUGUGCUUCAUGGAACAGCUCAGCGAUGAUCCCGAAGGUGCCUUCGUUCCACCAGAGUUCGACAUCACCGGGAACACGUUUGAAGCCCACAUCUACUCUCUGGGGGCGACCCUAAAAGCUGCCAUCGAAUAUGUGAUCGAACCCGAGCUCGAGCCAAAGUUCUGUAAGGAUCUGGAGGUCCUUCUGGAGCAGAUGCAGGAGGAGAGUCCGGGCAGCAGGCCUGAUAUUGAGAGCAUCAUUGCCCUGUGUGAAGGAAAAGUGCAGGCAGCAUCCUCCUGUCAGAUCUGUCGGGACCUGUCUGCAGUUGGGAGGAGAGUGCUUUCCAUUGAAUCCUAUGGGACUUUUCAAGAUGUGAAUGAGAAUAUGUGGAGGGGGAGGAUGGGCCCCAAAAACACAGGACUCCAAACCCAGCCAGAUGAGAAGAGGCCAGACAAUAAUGUGCCCACUGUAGCAGACUCUCGAGGUGGGGACAGCGGCUCCACAGCCCACAGAAACCUGCCUCUGAGGCCACCAACUGGGGAGAAGGAUGACCACGAAAGCUUCUCUAAGGAAAAGCUGGCCAACUUCGUCUUGGAUUCGGGGUAUUUCCACAAUGACCUGGACAGAGGUCUCCUGAAGAAAAGUCGCCUGAGAAAAAUCCAGACUUUCCCGCGGCUCCUAACGGAAGCUCCAGAAGCCAACAACUUCUGCGUGUCUUUGAUAAGUGGGGGGUCUCUGACUAGGAAAAGCCAGCUGCCUGCAUCUGAAUUGUUUCCUCCAGACUACAGGAAGAUCUUCCCAGAGGGCAGAAAUGGUCCUUUUCCCAUAAAGAUCCACCCUAAGCACAGACUUAGGUCUGAGCGCUCAGCUGAGCCUCCCGGGGAGAAGUCGCUGCCUCCGCCACGGGAACAAGCCACUGACACUCAAGGAAGUAGUGGGGGCAGCAAGGGUGGCAGUGGUAGUGAUGGGGAGAACAGGGUGCGACUGGGGCCUAGGCCUGGAGAAGAAGUUUCUGAUGUGACAGAGAAGGCCAACAGCCCCGAGACCUCACGAGGACCCAGCAAAAAGGAACUGUUGUCUCUGAAUGAGCUGAGCUUAAGAAGGAAUCCUGCUGAGGAAAGGUGCCUGCCAAAUCCUGCAAGCCCCCAGGAGCCAAGUGACAGCAUGGCAGUGGUGGGCAGCCACCAGGAACCUGGCCAAGGAAGCAAGAAGCCAGACACAGUCAGCAAUGAGCAGUGGGUGUCUCUGCAGGAGCUCUUGUCAAGGCUGGGGAGGCCCUUUGGAGAGUACGAGCUAUGGGCACUUUGUCGAGAAUCUCUGUUUACUCUUCAGAGCUACAUAGAAUACCCAGCUUAUUUGUGCUUGGACUCUGUGCUGGUGGACUCGGAUGGGAACGUUCUCUUUGGAGCUUUGAAAGAUGCAGGCUCUUAUAAUCCAUUAUAUGUAGCUCCCGAAGUGGAACGGCAGAAGCUGGUCACAGAAAAGGCUUCUGUUUACUGUGUGGCAGCCAUCCUGUGGACUGCAGCCAAAUUCAAUCUAGCCCCUCAACAGAAGCUGGCCCUGCCUCGGAAGCUCAAGAGUCUCCUGCUGGACAUGGCCCGGAGCAGUGCUGUUGAGAGGCUAUCUGUGGCCCAGGCCAUGAAGGUGUGUAGCAGCUACCUGCACCAGCGAGGCAUGGACAGCAAGAAGAUCCUCGCGCACCUGAGCACUUCUCCACUGCAGGUCUACCAAGAAGAAGAAACCAUUGGCCUGCAGAACACCCUGAGUAGAGUGGCCAUUGGAGCUAAAAGCGGCAGAGAGGACGCUGAAGAGGAUGGUCCAGGUGGACAUCCCCCCUCCUCGGAUGGUGAUGUUCCAGAUGGUGACGGUCCAGGUGGGCACCCCCUCUCCUCAGCCAAGGCUGAUCCAGGGUUUGUUCCCCUUACUCGGGAUAGCAAGCUGGUAGUUGUGAAGGGCCCAGUGCCUUGCCCACUGUCUACAUGCAGAGAGAGCCCGGUGGUGCCAGCUGCAUUCACCUCCUUGGCCACUCGCUUUAGGCCAAUCGUGCUGGCACAAGAGGCAGCCGUGACUGAGGAAAGCUGCACGUUCCCCUCUGACCAGGGCGAUCAGCUCAAGGGUCCAUGCCCUGCUCUCAGCACUGCAGAUGGCACAGAGAGCCAAGUGGCUGAGGAGCAGAUGGCCCCUGUGAGCCCCAAAACUCCAGAAACACCCAUGCUACCUGGGGAUGCCCAGGGUUCCCCCGAAGCACUGCCCUGGGGCAGCUCAGCCCAGGUCCAGCCUCUAGCCAGACCCACCUCACCAGGGGGCCAACCUGAGAGAGAUCCAUCCACUUCUGGGGGCUCUUCAGAGGCCUCUGGUCCACCUGCUGCUCUCCUGAAGAAUGGCCUCCUCCUGACAAAGGCUCCAGAGGCAGCAGCAGGGUUGCAGGAGGCACCUGGAGGCUCUGACCUCCCCUGUGGCAGAGGCCACAGGGACCGUGCUACCUAUGACCCUCCUCGCAGCAGCAGUGACCCUGUGGUCAGGGCAUCCAGUAGCCCUGGGACUCCAGGCCUGGAGGCCAAGGAACUCGGCAGCCACAGGGAUGCUGCCUCUGCCUCUGGGCCUCCAAGUCAGCCCCUGCAGAAAGGUCUCCUCAGGAGCCAAGGAGGAGGCAAAGAAGCCAGGAGUAAUGGGCCUCCUGCAGACUCGGCAAAGCUGGCAGAUCGAAGGCCGCCUUCUUCUUACUCAGAAACCUCCUCUGGGCAGAAAAAGACAAUUGGCCCUUCGUUACAGAGAGUGAUGCGCCUCAUCCAAGAAGAGUUUGCCUUUGAUGGCUAUCUGGAGAAUGGGCUGGAAGCCUUGAUCAUGGGAGAAUACAUCUACGCCUUGAAAGAUCUCACCUAUGCAACUUUCUGUGGGGCUAUAUCAGAGAAGUUUUGUGACCUCUACUGGGAUGAGAAGCUGCUGCAGAAUCUCUUCAAGGUCGUGAAUGGGCAGGUGUCCCCACCUGGCAGAAUCAUGGAAAUGGAUGGCUCUGAAUGGGAGAGUCAAGGCAGUGGUGGACAGAAGAUAGUCAGUGGGCUGGCAGGCGGGAGACGGACAAAAGAUGAAGCAGGAAAACUGAGGUCGAGGGCCUCCCGCCCCAGUGGGGCUCCUCCCUCACCAACCUCACUCUCUGACAUGGAUGCGAAUGAGCUGUCCCAGAGCAACUUUGAGGUAGGAUUCAGGCCACAGAAGAUGAGCAGCAGUGAGAACCAGGAGCACCCUGCAGAGGGCAGCUGCCUUCAAGAUAGCCCAGGAGGGGAAGGCACGACCUUCGGGGCCAAGAACAUGGCCCCUUCUCCCUGCCCAUCUGAGUUCCGCAGCUGCAGCCCCGGCUGGUGCAGCGCCUUCUACGAAGCCGACUGCUUUGGUCCAGAUGUGUACAGUUAUGUGAAGAAACUAGGGCGGCAGAAAGCCAAUGAGCCACCAAACACAGAUGCCCCGAGCCUGUCUCCCCUUGAAGAGUAUGAGUGUAACCGGGAGCUGGAACAGCAGCUGAUGAUGGAGAAGCGGAACUACCGGAAGACCCUGAAGUUCCGCCAGAAGCUGCUUCAGAAAGAGAAGAGAAGCCGAGGUUCGGAGGUUAAAACUAUGUUGUCAAAACUGAAAGGACAGCUGGAAGAGGCCAAGGCCAAGGUGCAGUUCCUCGAGCUGGUCAAGAAGUACCUACAGGUGGCUUACGCGGAGCAGUGGGGCCUGCAGCCAUGGGCACUGCCUGUCAUCGUGAACAUCUCGGCUGCCGGCUGCGACACCCUGGACUUCAGUCCCCUAGACGAGUCAUCCUCGCUCAUCUUCUACAACGUGAACAAACACCAAGGCAACAACAAACAGAAGAGGUCUCGGAUCCUACAGGCCGGGACCCCCCUGGGUCUUAUGGCAUAUCUCUACUCCAGCGACGCUUUUCUGGAAGGCUAUGUGCAGCAGUUUCUCUAUACCUUCCGAUAUUUCUGCACCCCAGAAGACUUUCUGCAGUUCCUCCUGGACAGGAUCCAUAGCACUUUAUCCAGAGCCAACCAGGACCCCACGUCUACCUUCACCAAGAUCUAUAACCGCAGUUUCUGCAUCCUCCAGGCCUGGAUUGAAGAUUGCUACACUAUAGACUUCACCAGGAACAGCGGGCUUCUGGAAAAGCUUGAAGAGUUUAUUUCUUCCAAGGUCGCUCCCCUCGAUGGCUAUGGGGAGCACUUGAGGUCCUUUCUCGAAGUCGCCACAGAUGGAAAAUGUGAGGGCCCUUCCCGCCUCGGUGACCUGGAGGAUGAUAAAGAAGCUGAUGAGGAUACACGGUCUCUGAAUGCACUCUGUAAAAAGCUCUCCGAAGAGAAUCUCUCUCGGAAGGGAUUUAACUGGAAGCUUCCCAGGGGCAAUGGCUUCAUUCUGCCACACCACAAAGAGAGGCCAUACACCAUUGCCUCUGCCUUACCCAAGCCUUGCUUCUUGGAUGAAUUCUGCGGUGCCUAUGGUAAGGCCAGUGAGAAGGGGCCCUACUUCCUCACCGAGUACAGCACCCACCAGCUCUUCAGCCAGCUGACCCUGAUGCAGCAGGAGAUGUUUCAGAAGUGCCACCCAGUCCACUUCUUGAACUCAAGAGCCCUUGGUGUCCUGGACAAAAGCACAGCCAUGCCAAAAUGCACCUCCUCAGAGUCACUGUCAGCCAAGGUUGGGAGCCUGUUCCUGCCCAGUUAUACUCAGGACAAGUACCUGUUACAGCUCCUAAGAAAUGCUGACAACAUCAGCACCUGGGUCGCAGCGGAAAUUGUGACAAGCCACACUUCUAAGCUGCAGGUGAAUCUCCUCUCCAAGUUUCUGCUGGUCGCCAAGGCUUCCUAUGAGCAAAGGAAUUUUUCCACAGCUAUGCAGACUGGGGGGCUAGAGCAUCUCCUGGUGAGGCAGCUGCCGGCCUGGAAAAUCCUCCCAGCAAAGAUCGCAGAAAUCAUGGAGGAACUAAAAGCUGUUGAGGUGUUCCUCAAGAGUGACAGCGUGUGUUUGAUGGAAGGACGCAGGUUCCGCACGCAGCCCACCAUCCCAUCUGCCCACCUACUGGCCAUGCACAUCCAGCAACUGGAGACAGGGGGCUUCACCAUGACCAACGGAGCCCACAAGUGGAGCAAGCUCAGGAACAUCGCCAAGGUGGUAAGCCAGGUCCACGCAUUUCAAGAAAACCCCUACCCCUUUGCCGCAGACCACAAGCUUCAGUCGUACCUCAAGCAAAGAAUUGCUCGCUUCAGUGGGGCCGACAUUUCCCUCUUGGCUGCUGACAACAGGGCCAACUUCCACCAAGUUCCUGGUGAAAAACAUUCCCGGAAGAUUCAGGACACGUUGAGGCGGAUGAAGGCGACCUUUCAGUAGCAGAGGAUCAUCGCUGCAGGAUUCCAAAGCAGGGGCUGGUGGGGAGGUGGCAGGGAAGGCCACCUCACCUCUGGGACUGACCCUGAGUACUAGGCUUUCCUACCCCCUGAGCCUUCCUGCCCCCUUCCUCAGGCCCUUUCUCUGUCCCCUGGAUCAUCCAGAGCUCAGGCUGGAAGAAGCUUCAGAGCACCCAGAGAAUGGGGGGGGAGGGGACUGAGAGGGAAUGCCACUGAAGGACAAUGCCCAGGACAGUCAUGCCAUCAUUAUUUUAAUCAGGCCUCUGUGGUGGUCAGUGUCUGGCAGAUAGGUGAUGCAGUGGACAGAGUGCUGGGCCAGGAGUCAGGAAGACUCUCCCUGAGUUCAAAUCUAGCCUCAGACACUAGCUGUGUGACCUUGGGCAAGUCACUUAACAUUGCUUGCCUCAGUUUCCUCAUCUGUAAAAGGAGCUGAAGAAGGAAACAGCAAACCACUCCAGGAUCUUUGCUAAGAAAACCCUGGCUGGAGUCACCAAGAGUGACAUGACUGAAAAACGACUGACCAGCCGCCUCAGCCACAUGUUCUCCUUUGGCCCUGGUUCUCCCUGUUUUGUUUUGUUUUGGUUUUCUCUACAGUGGAAAGACCUUCUAAGUACUCACUAUGUGUGUGGGAGCAAGGAGCAAAAUGUUCCUGGCUCCUGGGCCCCUGAGGACAUGCCAAGCCCCACUGAGCCCCCCAGUCCCUUCCUACCCUCCUCUGCUUCUUGGGUAGCUCCCCAAUUUCUUCUGAGAGAGUUAGCUAGAGAGCCACAGGCAGAGGGUGGGUGGCUAAGGCCCUUUGUCCCCUGGGCAGUACCACCCUGAGUGCCCAGAGCCAGAGCCAGAGCAAGGUCAAGCCUGCUGGAAAUUCAAGUUGAUUUCUCACCAUUGAGCCAUGAUGCCUCCUCUCCUUCCCCCCAGCCCCACUAUGUCCAGCCACAGGGAGCUUUUGUUGGGUUCCAGCAGGAGUCCCCUAGUCACUUGCCAAGGGUGCCAAUGUCCAGCUAAACCCUGAAAUGCCUCUUAGCUGGGCCUCCUUCUCCCCUCCAAAGCAGCUUUCAUCCUGUCCCAAGACCAUGAAGAUUUUAACAGGCUUUGAGUUAGGCUCCUGGAAGCUCCCAGAAGUCCUCAUUAAUGGUCGUCAUCCUUUAUUCCCAAGCUCCAGGGGUGGAUUCCCAUGGGUCUGAAGCAGCAAGGCCACCCCAUACAGAGGCACUGGACCUGAGGCUUUGGUCUCAGGUCUCCAUCCUUUGCUGAUGAGGGGCAGGGAGAUUGGGGUCUUCCUUAGGCAUCUCUGGCUUUAACUCCCUCUGUAGGGUCCUGGGUACCUCCUGCCCUGCCCCACACUGUGAUUAGGGCAGGGAGUGUGGAGUCACCCAUUCCUGGGAGGGAGGGAG